CAGUCCACAGUGCGCAUGCGCGGGGACACCCGGCUCGCUGCUUCCGGGUCGCGCGCCGCACGUGGGUUGCCCGCACGUGGCUGCUGUUUUUUUUGUUGUUGUCGCCGCCGCCGCUGCUUUUCCAUUGCAAGAGCGAGCCGCAAGCGAGCCGCAAAGCGAGCGUCUUCGCCUAACCGCCUCUCGCCGUCGUCUCGCGCUGUGCAACCAACAGCAACAGGCGCCGCGUAAAGACUCGCAAACCUAAAAAACUACGCCCCCCCCUCCUCCCGCAUCGCUCGAGCCGCGCGGCCACCAUGGCCAAGGGGAAGCGCGCGAAAGCGACGGACGUCGGCGAGGUGACGAGGAAGAAGAAGAGGACUCUUAACCCCGACGCCGAACGGAAAGCCGACGAGAAGCGAGCGAGGAGGAAGACGAGGGGGAAGGCGCUCCCCGCCGAGGAUUGCGCUGAGGCUGUGAAAGAUAAAGGCAAGAAGACCGAUGAGGUGGAGGAGGAGGAGGGUGAAGCAAUCCCAGAGAUGUCCGUACAGGAAGAAAGGGUGCUGGAGAGGAAAGUGAAGAAGUUGCUGAAGAAAGCCGAGAAGGAGAAAACAAAGCAAGCGACUGCCACUGCGGUCAAGAGUGGAGAAGCAGUCACUCCCUCUGCAGCAGAGCUCUCCCUGGAAUAUCUAAAAAGUUGGGCGACGGAUAAAGAGCAGUGGAAGUUUCAAAAGCUGCGGCAAACUUGGCUUCUCCAACACAUGUACGACGCUGAAAAGGUGCCGGACAGCUAUUUCAGAAUGCUGCUGAAGUAUCUGGCCGGCCUGAAGGGCCAAGCCAAGGACACAACUAUUGAGAAGGCAGAGUCCAUCAUGAGGAAAAGUGAGGUGGAGGAGGUGGAGGAGGAGGAGGAAGCGGAGAAGGCAGAGGAGGAGAAAGGUAGUCACGUUGAUGAGGAAAAGAAGAAACGUGUACGCAAGGUUCUGAAGAUGCUCUCGUGAUUUGCAUUUCCUUAGUCGUCGCUCCUCACAAGAUGAAAAUGAAACGUGUUUUAAAUUACACAUGCAGCGUUGAGAAUGAACACGUGUGCGGUAUUGAUAUAUAUAUUUUAAUACGGAGCAAUCAUUACUUGUCGGCGCCAUAAUGUUGUAUUUAUUAUAGUACACAUGGGAAUGCAAAGUGAGGGGAUGUUGCUAUUGUUUAGAAAUAUUUUGUUUGUUUUUACAAUAAAUGCAUUUUCCUUAAAAGUU